CUUAAUUUGGUCUUUUCUUUUCAAACGUGCUUUAUAUUGAAAAUAAAUAAUGGCGUAAAGUUUAAACCAUAUUAGAAUAUGAACACGCAGAAUCUGACGUCCAGGUGCAGGAAACAGGCAAAGUAUGUUGGUGGGACAAUUAAAACAUUGCCAACCCUGCAUCUUAUACGCAAGAAAUUACUGUAAUCUGUUUAAUGACACCAGUUCCUUGACCCUAUAUAAACAGGUUUCGGGUUUACUGUGGAAAUGUGGAGUCUUGAUGAAGAAGACAGGCAGUUAAAGUUUAUGAGGUAAUAAAAAAUGCACAAAAAACAAGCAGAAAUUGCCUCUUUUUCUUCUUCUUCUGAGUCUAAGCAGCGAUUCCUAUGCGAGCGUUUCUAAGUACACAUACUCUUUUUCUCGUUUCUCUGCAACAAAAAUCCCAUCUUUUUCCUUUUAUCUUGUUGUUUUUAUCCUCAUUAAGCUGCCCUCCUCCCUGCCCCACACCCACCCAGACACGAGCAAUAACCCCCCACCCCCACCCUCCACCGAACAGAGUUCACAUUUAGGGGUGACUAUCUCCCUCAUUUCAGCCGGAUAAACCGGUGUUUUUUUCACAGAUCCAAAAGGAGGGUACUCUUUAAGAGACUGGGUAUUCCUUCUUUUUCUCUGACUGGCUUCCUAUUCCGUAAAUUUUUUCAAGACGGAAAAAGCACCUGUGUACUGUUUUUUUUUCUCGGGAUGGACUAAAGGCCCUCUGAUGGCAAGUUCUUCUUUUUCUAAUCAUUUUUUAAUGAGGAAGUUGGGGCGUGUUCUUCCUGGGAAAGAUUUGGAUUUCUGGUUGUCAAUUGUGUUCUUGUGAACUUUCUUCAUUUCUGGAAUUCUGGGUCUAGAGAAAGCGAGGAUUCAAGAAUGGAGGAUGAGAGCAACUUUAGAAACUGGGCUGAGUUAAUACCAGAUGCCCUUGGGCUGAUUUUCAAUAACCUGUCAAUUCAGGAUGUGCUUACUGUUGUUCCAAGGGUUUGCAAAUCAUGGGAACGAGCUGUGGUGGGGCCCUACUGUUGGCAGGAAAUAGACAUCGAGGAAUGGAGCAAGAACAUGCCGGCCGAGUAUGUUGAUCGGAUGCUUCAACUGCUGAUCACAAGGUCCCAGGGCUCACUCCGUAAGCUCAACGUUACUGGUGUAUCUAAUAAAGAUACGUUUUCUCUCAUUGCUAACAAUGCCAAAUCUUUGCAGAGUUUGGGCUUGCCAAGAAGUGAUAUGGAUGAUGUUGCAGUGGAAGAGCUCGCUGAAAUGUUCAGUAACAUAACUGUCUUAGACAUCAGCUACUGCAACAACAUGGGGGACAUAGCUCUUGACGCGUUUGGAAGGCAUUGCAAGAACCUCACCACUUUUCGCAGAGCAAUGCACCCUCUGGAGGUCAUUGACAAGGUCUGCCAAGAUGAUGAAGCCUUAACGAUUGCUGCCUCCAUGCCAAACCUCAAACAGCUUGAGAUCCCUUACAUGCUGGUAAGCACAGAGACAAUAGUUGAGAUCAUCGAGAGUUGCAGCCAGCUUGAGCUGUUGGAUAUUAGGGGCUGCUGGGAUGUUUGCCUUGAUGAAGAUUUCUUGAAGAAGUUUCCGGGGCUUAAGGUGGUGGGACCCGCUAUCGUGGAUUGCUAUAACAUGAACGGAUGGGACAGCUGCUCUGAUAAUUCGGGGUCUACUGGUUACUUGCCCUGGGACUUUGUUGGUGGUGAUAUAGAUGAUGAUGAUCUAUCUGAUGGUCUGUGGGAAGAUGAACCUGAAGUUGAUGUUGAGAUGUGGUUUUAUGAUGGGCUCAAUUCCAUCAAUGCCGGUUAUGAAUGGCCUCAAUCUCCUUGACUGGGACUUUGCUUGCUUGUCUGCCUGCUGGAUAAACAUGGAAUCUUUCAUAUAAAUAUAGUAUAAUAAUAUCCAUAUAAAUUUGUUCUGUCUUUGUUGUAUGUAAUAUGAGUUUUCAUAUUAUAUAUUAUAGAUCAGUGUCUUUUUAUCAACUCUCUUAUUAUCUUCUUCAACUUCUUCCUUCUAGAAAACCCAAUGAGAAAAGAAAAAGGCAAAUACCUUGUGUCUGUAAUGUUUAUACUUUGCAAAUUAUGUAAUGAAUAAACAUUAUGUUGUUUCUUCAGUAAUAUUACUGCAUGUUUUAUAUAGAUUUUUU